CACCACUUAACUAGCAUUAGUGGCUUUAUUAAGAAAUGGUUUAUAACUUACUCAAUCUUCCUUUGGUUUGGAGAAUGAUCAAUCUCUCCUAGCUUUUUCUCCACAAGUCUUUAAAUGUUAAAAGCAACAUUACCCAUACAAAACUCAAGCUUAUCCCAAAUCCUAAUUCCUCUUCUUGACAAAUGCAAAUCAGUGGCCCAGCUUAAGCAGAUUCAAACUCUUCUACUCACUCAUGGACUCCACCAGCAUGAUUCCCUCGCCUCCAGAAUCCUUUCUUUCUUGGCCUUAUCCCAUCUGGGCAAUGUCGAUUAUUCCUUUCGAAUUCUGUCCCACCUCUCCAAUCCAACCACUUUUCAUUGGAACAUAGUAAUACGAGGCUACUCCAAGAGCCCAAAUCCCAACCGUUCGGUUUCAGCUUUUGUCCAAAUGUUACGAGAUGGGAUCAAGCCAGACCAAUUUACUUAUCUUUUUCUUACCAAGGCCUCGUCUUCCCUGUUGAAGAGAGAGCUUGGAGAGACAGUGCAUGCUUUGGUUGCCAAACAUGGCUAUGAGUCUGAUAUUUUUAUCCAAAACACCUUCAUUCAUAUGUAUGCUAGUUGCAAUUGUAUUGGAUGUGCACGCAAGGUGUUUGAUAAUUUGACUCGGAGGAACUUCGUUUCCUGGACUGCCAUGUUAGAUGGGUAUGCAAAAUGUAGGGAUAUGAAUUCGGCAAGACAUGUGUUUGAGCUGAUGCCGGACAGGGAUGUUGUGUCUUGGAGUUGUUUGAUUGAUGGGUAUGUUAAAAAUGGAGAGUAUUUGGAGGCUUUGACCUUAUUCAAGAGAAUGCAGAAUGUGGGAAUUAAAGGAAAUGAGGUGACAAUGGUGAGUGUUUUGAGUGCUAUUGCCCACUUAGGUGAACUUGAGAAUGGGAGGUUGAUGCAUAAUUAUAUAGUUGAGAAUGAAUUGCCUCUUACUUUGGUGCUGAGAACAUCACUUGUGGAUAUGUAUGCAAAGUGUGGGGCAAUAGAUGAUGCUUUAGAAUUGUUUCUUGGAGGAACAAUGAGAAAAACUGAUGUUUUGAUUUGGAAUACAAUGAUUAGAGGAUUAGCCACACAUGGUUUGGUAAAAGAGUCACUUGAUCUGUUUAAGGAAAUGGCAAUGGUUCCAAUUGUCCCGGAUGAGAUUACGUAUUUGUGUUUGCUGAGUGCUUGUAGUCAUGGAGGAUUAGUAAAGGAAGCUUGGUAUUUUUUUGAAUGUCUUAGCAAAAAUGGUAUGACACCCAAGAGUGAGCACUAUGCUUGUAUGGUGGAUGUUUUAUCACGCGCAGGACAUGUUGAUGAGGCAUUUCAACUUGUCUUUGACAUGCCGAUGAAGCCUAUUGCUGAAAUACUGGGUGCUCUUUUGAGUGGGUGUAUAAACCAUGGAAGACUAGAUCUUGCAGAAAUAGUUGGUAGAAAGCUUAUAGAGGCAGAGCCAGAUCAUGAUGGUAGAUAUGUAGGCUUGUCAAAUGCUUAUGCUACUUUCGAGCAGUGGGAAGAAGCAAGAAGGAUGAGAGAAGCCAUGAAUAAGAGAGGAGUAAAGAAGUCACCCGGUCUUAGUUUUGUGUAAAUCUCCAUAUUCCAUAAUGAUCAUCAACAUGCCUUAUUGAUGUUAAUCAAAAAAAAAAGAAAGAAAGAAAA